CGGGUUUGAUCGAUUUGCUAACUUGCUCGGCAAGAACCCGCGGACAUUGGAGAAAGAAAUAUACCUCGUGGUAGUUAUCUCUUCUGCGUUUUCAUCUGUUGGCUGUUGGGGCGUCCUUGUGUAGCAUCUGGAGUUCCACAUCGUGCUUCUUCUAGGUCUCUUAACUAGGAUAUUGCUAGAACUGCGCUCGGUGUCUUCUAUAGACACUUAGAAGUGCACCUUUUUUAGAUUAUUUAGAAUAUUGCUCUGAAAACAAGAACUGCUUAUCAUAUUCUUCAAACCUUCCCCACAAGUAGCACACUCAUCACCCUUCCCCAGGCGUGGGGCUGCAACGAAAAGUCGAUCGAUAUCCAUCAGCAGCUGCACCAGCAUUUCGAUCGGUUUUUUCCUAGAUGGGGACUGCCGAGGUUCGAGGAGGACGCCAUCCUUCAGCGCUUGAUGGAGAUGCUCUGCGGAUCGUGUGACCUCGCAGUAAAGGAAUUGAAGGGCAACAUUGCCCACAAGGAAGGCAGGAUAGUCAUCCAGACUCUGGAUGAACCUGGAGCAGGAAAACUACGCAACAGUCUACAUCGCUUGUUCAAGCGGAUCGCCUUACCGGUAUGGACGCGAUGGCUAACCUUUGCUAACUGUUGCGGGCAGUUGUGCCUGUUGCUUGUGAUGGGACUUUGUGGAUUAUUGCAGAUUAUUCACGCACCGAAGAAGCAGAUUGCGCCGUCGCAACUCCCAAAGCCUUACUUGAAUACGGAAGAAACAGAGGGUACUACCCGUCAGCUGCUCGCUUUUGUGCAUGUGACUUGAGUGACAUGAAGUUCUUCUCUUGCAAAGGAGCACCUUCACACCAUCUAGUCAUCUCAUUCACAACAGAGAACGCCGCCUUUUUGACCCUCGUUCUGUACUUCAUCAAAGUGAUCAAUGUGCCCGGUGACAAGUUUAACACGCGCCUGAUCGGCAACGAGUGCCAGAGUUUGGCGAGGAUGCAGGAGCUGUUUGAGCGCGACUAUCGGGAGAUCAUCGGCUUACUCGAAGAUGAAGACAGAGUUCUUACGGAUUGCAAGUUGCUCUUUCCGAAGCGGAGCAACUUCUCAGCAGCGAAAACCAGACUGGUACUGAUCAACCUUAAGGCAUUUCCCAAGUUCUUUGUAUCGCUAGUCCAUUGAUUUCCAAGCCAGUAAUUCUUUGAAUGAUCUGAUGACUUUUACGCCGUAGCUUUCAGAGGAUUUCUCCUUAUUUCUACUUAGAUUCACGACGGUACUCUGGCACAAAGGUCGCCUUGAGCACUCGCAGUCUUUGAGUUGUCUAUUCUUUAGCUUUUUUAGGAAACAGCUGGCAUGAAAUGGACGCUCUUUGCGUAUCACAACAUAGCGCAAGUUCUCUAACAUUUUCGCUGCGGGCUGCGUUAGGCAGAUUGCAGCCUCAAGACGAGCUAGCCGCUGUGUAUGAGGUUCCAUCGAACAACCUCCUUACAGGUAAAUCGGAU